AUGACAAAGAAAGGGGGGAAGAAACCUUUCUCUUGCAUUCCCAUGAGCAUUAUCAAAACCUACAUCCCUGCUAUGUUCUUUUUAAACCUUGUAAACUACGUAAAGUCCUUAUUCAAAUACGCAUUUACUCGUCUGGGUCUUUUCAAACAACCUCCGCCAGAAGAAGAUGAUCAUACCGGCGACAGUUAUGUCCUUUUGACCGACAGUCGAAUCGGGUCAAUAGUCCUGGUCCCUGUCCAGGUUGUUACAGCGAUGAUCAUGACCAACCUGCCGAUUAUUGUGUACGGUGAUUUCGUCAAAAGGUUUGGAGAUGAAGUGAUGAAGAAGGAUAGGGUAUGCAGUGUGUGCUUGGAAGCAAUGGAGAAAAGGGAUGAGAUGAGAGAGCUUUGCAAGUGUAGCCAUGUGUUCCACAAGGAAUGUAUAGAUAGAUGGGUAAAGGAGGGGAGGCUCACUUGUCCCUUGUGUCGCUCUGCUUUGUAUCCUGGUCCUAUGGAUUUCGGUCGGCCAGACCCCCGCAACAGUUUCUUGGACUGUGACCACUACACCAAAACAGGCUUUUAG